AUUAGAAAGAGGUGGGUUAUCGGGUCAAUCGCAUGCCCAUAGCGUGUGGCAAGAUGCCAUGAUCUCCCCAACCUCCCGCCGCAUUUCCUCCCUCUUCCUGCGCGCCACUUCCCUCCUCCACUUCCUCCAACUCCACUCGCUCCUCCUCAAAACUGCCUUCGACCACCACCCUGCCGUCGCUUCCAAGCUCAUCGCCUCGAUCUGCCUCUUCUCCCUCCCCCACGCCCGUUCCCUCCUCUCCGGCCUCUCCUUCCCUCCCCCUGUCUUCAUCUGGAACACUCUCAUCCGGGCCUACGACGACUCCGAAUUCCCCCACGAUGCCAUCCGCAUCUUCUCCACCCUCAGACUAGUCGAGGUCGUGCGCCCCAAUCACAUUACCUAUCCGUUUGUUCUCAGGGCCUGCGCCCGCGCUUCGUUGCAUCGAGUCGGAGAGACGGUUCAUGGCUUGAUCGUAAAGGCGGGGUUUUUGGAUGAUUCUUAUGUGGGGAAUACGCUAUUGCACAUGUAUAGUUGUUGCGGGUUGUUGGAAUGUGCUCACCAGGUGUUUGAUGGAAUGAGUGUUAGAGAUGUUGUGUCGUGGACUUCCAUGAUCCAAGGGUGUCUUUCUUGCGGCCAUCCUCCCGAAGCCCUAAGGGUGUUUUUUGAAAUGAAAAGAGUGAAUGUUAAGCCCAACUCAGUUACUUUGUUAAACCUUCUCUCUGCUUCUAGCUAUCUUGGCAGCCCACGUAUUGGACAAUCUAUUCAUUCCUACAUUAUAGUUAACAAUAUGAAAUUGGAUGUUGCUCUAGGUGCUGCUCUAGUUGGCAUGUAUGCUAAAUGUGGGUUGUUAGAGGAGGCUUACCAAGUUUUCAAAUCCAUGGAAAAGCAGGACCUGCAAUCAUGGACAAUUAUGAUCUCGGGAUUUGUUGAUCAUGGUCAAUGGAAAAGAGCGAUCAAUCUCUUCUCGCAGAUGGAAGCUAGUGGUUUUAGACCAGACAGUACGAUAUUCUCCAUCAUUUUAUGUGCUUGCAGUCAUCUUGGUAUGGUUGACGAAGGCCAGAAGAUGUUUGCCAGAAUGGUAGAAGAGUUCCAUAUUACACCCACCAUCGAACACUAUGGUUGUAUGGUUGAUUUGUUCGGCCGUGCAGGUUUAUUGGAAACUGCUUACAAAUUCAUUAAAAACAUGCCUAUCAUUCCAAACAAUGUCAUCUUGAGAUCCUUUCUUGGGGCUUGUCGAGAGAAUGGCAAAUUCAUAGGCAUCGAUGAAGACUUCAUGAGGAUUCUGCUGGAAAAGGAGCCUGGCUUAGGAUCAAACUACGUGAUUGCUGCCAACAUGUCAGCAUUGUCAGGUAAAUGGAACGAAGUCGAGAAGAUGAGAAGCAACAUCUCAAAGAAAGGUUUAAGGAAGGUUCGCGCAUGCAGUUGGGUGGAAGGGAGUCUAGAACUUCCUGAUCGACGACUAAUGGAAAGUCCCAGAUGAGGAUGCUAAUAUUCGAGGGAUUUCUGUGCUUAAAUUUACUCAAAAUUGCAUCACUGAUCUGGAUCAAGGUCUUCUUUACACAAUUUUGUAAAGGAUUUCUUGGUGCUUGGCUUUUGAUGAAUACAAGCAAUUUUAUCAACGCAGAAGACAAGAAGGGCAAGGUCCCUUUUGCGAGCAGUCGUAGAAAUGGAAAUUGUAUGUGUUGGAAGAUUGAAACAGAUAUCUAAGAGAGUCAGUCUCACUAGUCAGCAAGAGACAAAUUAAAUGUUCAAUAUUUCUUCAGAGAAUUUCAAAGAGAAAAUUAAUGAUGACUGCUAUCUCCGAGUUAUCAGAAAAUUUUAAAAUAAUGUGCCUGUGUUCUUAGACUUCUCAAUCAUUACCCUCUUGAAUUUAAGAAAAGCAUAGGCCUAAUUAUAUGAGCAACUUGCUCGUAAUCUUGUAAAACUGGGGCAUAAUUUUGUUUUACUUUAAUGGAUCCCUUUUGAUGAAAUAUUAAAUUUUUGGCUAGAACAAUUGUCUGCAUGUGGAUCUCUCGUUUGUUAAUACAAGUCAGCCUACAUCUAUCAUUAUCAAAA